GGGACGUGGUACGGCUCGGAAUUACGGAGAGGGUGUCACAUCUCAAUUCUGCGGAGUUAAAUGCUUAUGAGAAGAUGGAUGUCUGUAUGCCAUGAGAACAUAAAGUGGGACACCGUUUAAAAAAAUAAAAAGGUCCCAGUGCUGAACAUUGUGUGUUUGGCCAGAAAAUGCCUGGAGACUCCUGACCCAAUAUGUCAGCCACGGCUGUCGAUGGCUCUGAUGUUUCACUUGAUGGGGAUUCCUUCCACUCAGUGGGUACAGUGCUGCAGGACUCGGCUGGCUCGGUUAAGUUGCAGAUAAAAGAAGAGCGGUUGGAAUCUCAAGAAAGCGCCUCCCUGCCAAAUGAGAAUGAAGUGCUGGGAACUGAUGGAGAGGGCUCCUCUCAGAGUGCUGCAGAGGAGCCAGAGCGGAAAAGGAAAAAGGGUCCUGCUCCAAAGAUGCUGGGGAAUGAAGUUUGCAGCGUGUGUGGGGACAAGGCUUCCGGCUUCCAUUACAACGUGCUGAGCUGUGAGGGCUGCAAGGGCUUUUUCCGGCGCAGCGUCAUAAAGAAUGCUCAGUACUCAUGCAAGAACAACGGCAAGUGCCAGAUGGACAUGUACAUGCGACGGAAAUGUCAGGAGUGUCGGCUUCGGAAGUGCAGAGAGGCGGGCAUGCGAGAGCAGUGUGUCCUUUCUGAAGAGCAGAUUCGCAGCAAGAAGAUCCGGAAACAACAAGAUGAAGAUGUAACUCGAUCUUCAUCUGCUUUGGUUCCUCCAAGCCCAUGCAUGCUAUCCCAAGAAGUCGUUCAGCUCACACCUCAGCAAGAAAAAAUGAUUGAGCAGCUGGUAUCCGCUCAGCAGCAGUGCAACAAACGCUCGUUCAGUGAUCAGCCCAAAGUAACGCCAUGGCCACCUGGAACGGACCCAAACAGCAGAGAAGCUCGACAACAGAGAUUUGCUCACUUUACGGAGUUAGCGAUCAUUUCUGUGCAGGAGAUUGUCGAUUUUGCCAAACAAGUACCUGGCUUCCUAGAACUGUCCAGAGAGGAUCAGAUCGCUCUACUGAAGGCAUCAACAAUAGAGAUUAUGCUGCUGGAAACAGCCAGGCGUUACAAUCACGAGACCGAAUGUAUAACCUUUCUCAAGGACUUCACAUACAGCAAAGAUGAUUUUCACAGAGCAGGGUUGCAGGUGGAGUUCAUCAAUCCUAUUUUUGAGUUCUCUCGAGGCAUGAGGCAGAUGCAGCUUGAUGACGCAGAGUACGCCCUUCUAAUAGCGAUCAACAUCUUCUCUGCGGACCGACCAAAUGUUCUGAAUCACCAGCACGUCGAAAACCUGCAGCUGCCAUAUGUGGAAGCCUUGCACUCCUACACCCGUAUUAAACGACCUCAGGACCACCUGAUGUUUCCUCGCAUGUUGAUGAAGCUGGUCAGUCUGCGGACGCUUAGUAGUGUGCACUCGGAGCAGGUUUUUGCUCUCCGCCUUCAGGAUAAAAAACUGCCCCCGUUACUUUCCGAAAUCUGGGAUGUUCACGAGUAGCAGCAUGUGUGCUAGAUAAACAGUUAUGGAUAGCUAGCUAAGCAUGCUCUUCAAGGAAAAUAUGAUUGGCUGCAGUUCGAGUCAGCUGCCCAGCAGGGAUCGUGUAGAUCAUACACCAGUGAUAAAGAUGUUUCUAUGGAUGAUCUGAUUUUGUUCAGCCAGGCUGAUGACUUGGGGCUCGGAGCAGCUUCCUAUUAACACUUGCGUAGCUGUGCUCUUUCUGGUCAGUAGGUUAAAACCCAUGAUAGGGUUAGAGUGUUGGCGACAUUCCCAUCGUGCAGAAAGGUUAACAUUAGAGUUCACAGAAGUAGACAAGAGUUGGCUUUAUCCAUCGUCCUCACCCUUUUGUCCGUUUCAAGGUAUAUUUAAAGGAUAUUUUGUACAGAGUCUUGGCUAUUGGACGUACAGUAGAAUCACCUUGGAUUUAUACCAACGGAUGUGCAACAUUUCGGCAUGGACAGAAUCUGAUCAAUGUUGUCUGCGCGAACCACUGCUGCUUCCGUCAUGUCGGCGUAUUAUGGGUCUGCCUCAGCAGUGCUGUACAAUGGCCUCCGUGUGGCCUUGAUCGACUAAACACUAUUCAAGCUUUUGAUUCCCGGCUUCCUCAAUUUCUUCUUUCUUCCCAUAUCUCGCACUUGUCUGUACAUUAAUUUUUUUCCUUAAGAUGCACUUAAAUUGUGGUCGCUCGCU